GAUGCCCUUAUGGUUAUAUCAGAGAGACUCGAGUACCCACGUCAUAAGCACCGCCGCAUCGCACACAGCAACACACGCAAAGACGCACGGAAGCCAACAUGAAGGGAACAACGAUGACUCUCGCUCUCGCCGUGGCUGCAGCCUUGGUGUGUCUCGCCUCAGCGCAGAACAUUACAGAAUGCCCCGAUGGCUUUGAGGACUUCGGGGACGGCACAGCGGUGGGCCCUUGCCUCUACUUCGUGCGCUCCAAGGCGACGUGGAGUAAUCAUAGAUCCCUUUGCCAGGCGUUGGGCGCCGACCUGGCCCAGGUGACGGGAGACUUGCAUCAGGAUGUGGUGGACUACAUUAACGAUCAGCCAGCCGAUGACCUCGCCGACGAAGCCUUCUGGAUCGGAGGUAGUGACGCAAAUAAGGAGGGCAGCUGGAUAUGGGUGAUGGAUGACACAGCAAUACCCUUGGGCACCCCGCACUGGUACCCCUGCAACGGCCAGCCCAACGGAGGCACCACACAGAACCACUUGUCCCUCUACUCGCCGGACUUCUACUACCACAGCCUCGAGCAAACAAAGCAGAUUUUUGCAAUUUGUCAGAUCUUUGAGUGAGCCGUGAGAGUCCAUCAGUCUGAGCGACGAGGAUGCAAACUUCAACGAGAGAGCAAAUAUUCUCUGUAACCUAAGCGAAAUCACAAACAUUCGACGCAACCUAAAAAGUAUAUUAGUUUAAGCAUCGGCGAGAGUUUGAAAUGUUAUGAACGGGUAUUACUUGAUGUAUUCCGAAGACACAAAAUAUAUCAAAAUGAACAUUAAA